AUGGCCGUUCAUGGUAGUGACAACGUCCUCGGCGAGGUCAUCGCUACUCGCCCGUCGCUCACUGUGGAUGAGAAGACAGGAAGACUUUCAAUAAGCCUGCCACAUGAUACAGAAGCACAGGCAAAGGGCACCAACUCCCACACCUCGACUUCAUCGGAUGACUAUGACUACGAGAAUUAUCCACCCCCAACUGAGGAAGAAUUGAAAACACUUAGGAAGGUCGCUGCCAAUAUGCCGUUGGUAUCGUUCGCACUUUGCAUUGUCGAAUUCGCAGAGCGUGCGUCAUACUAUGGAGCCAAGGCAGUCUUCUCUAACUUUAUACAAUUUCCCUUGCCCGAAGGUGGUAAUGGAGCCGGUGCGCCCCCUAGGCAUACUCAGAAAACUGCCGGUGCCCUUGGUAUGGGUCUUCAAGCUGGUUCAGGACUGACUCUGCUCUUCUUGUUUUUGUCUUAUGUCAUUCCAAUCUUUGGGGGUUGGUGGGCAGAUGUUUACGUCGGAAGAUACUACGCAAUCGUUGUUGGUGUGUUGAUCUGUGGUGUUGCCCAUAUCGUACAGAUCGUUGGUGCGAUACCCUCAGUAUUGCAAAAGGGUAAAUCGCACGCUGCUCUUCCAUUCAUCAUCGGCUUGUUACUUCUGGCACUCGGCGCAGGAAUAUUCAAACCUAACAUCGCGCCCACUGUGCUUGACCAGAACCGCCAUCAGAAACCCUACAUCAAAACGCUGAAAUCUGGCGAGAGAGUUAUCGUGGAUCCGGAAACGACAGCUUCACGGACCAUGCUCAUCUUCUACGGAUUUGUCAACGUCGGUGCUUUCUUUAUGCUUGCCACAACAUAUUCGGAGAAACUGAUUGGUUUCUGGUUGGCUUUUCUUGAGUCAGGAAUCAUAUACUUUUCAUUACCUAUCCUUCUGGCACUCAUCUAUAAGAGGACCUACCGCACCCCAGCUUCGGGUGCCUCGGAACUAACACAAGCGCUCCAAAUCAUCGGAACUGCUCUCAAACAAAACAAUUUUCGUAUCUGGAAGCAAGGUUUCUGGGAUUCUGUCAAGCCUGAGGCACUUUCUUCCAAGGGUAUACAGGUCUCAUGGAGUGACAAGAACGUCGAAGAUGUGCGAAGAACCGUUGUCGGCUCCGUAGCCAAUAACCAAGGCGCGAGCAUGACUACCAAUGGGGCUCCCAAUGACCUGUUGGGAAAUUUUAACCCAUUGACAAUCAUUGUCACCGUUCCGUUCUUAACAUACGUGUUUUACCCUACCCUGGCUCGAUACAACAUCAAGUUUGGUCGCAUCAACCGCAUUACAUUUGGUUUCUUUCUGGCAACUGUUUCUGGCGUGAUUGGUGCCAUUGUCCAGUGGAAAGUAUACAAGACCUCGCCUUGCGGAUACUACGCCUCCACGUGCGAUGGUGUCAGCCACUUGAGCAUCUGGUUACAAGUCCCUAAUGUUGUCCUCGGAGCAGUGUCUGAGUGCUUCUGUCAAGUCACAGCAUAUGAGAUUGCAUAUGCUCGAUCGCCACCGAGUAUGAGAGGUCUAGUGAUGGCCAUCUUCCUUUUCAUGAAUGCGUUGUCGAGUGCUCUCGGAGAGAUACUUAUCCCGGUCACUAAAGAUCCCCAUCUGAUCUGGAUGUGGGCAGGUCCUGCCAUUGUCCUUGCGGUGCAGACAGUUGUCUUCUGGUUUCGCUUUCACCAUCUCAAUGAUGAUGAAUACAUGCUAUCUGAGAUUGCUACUGAAUAUCGUGGCCCAGUUGAGUUGGAGAAAAGGACUGAGACCGUCAAGAAAUGA